AUGCAUCUAACCUCUCUGCUCUUGGCUGAGCUUCUGCUGGUCACUACAGCAACAGCAUCACACUUUUAUGGAGGCUCAAUGACCUUCAACCCAAGAAGGAAUCAUGAUGGAUCAUACAAGGUUGAGCUUCGCUUCAAGACAACCUACCAUUCCUGUAAUGGAUAUGAUCACUGGCAAUGCAGCUCUGGAGACUGUGGAAAUGAUGUCAGUACUGUGAUUGGUAAAGUAGAUUCAAGUCCAAAUGGCGGCAGCUGGUGUCAGUCUGAGGGAGUGAUAACAAAGAUGGUUUCCACCAACAGCCCAUUCCAGAUCCUCAAAAGCAGUUGCUGCUGGAUUUACAACACAGUCACAAAUAAUGGAGACUGGAGUCUUCUCACUUACAUUGACCUUGGUGUGAGAUCGGACACUUCAGAGCCCAACCGAUCGCCAAUAUCCACCACCCUACCAUUUCUGAGGGUUCCUCAGAACUGUCCCAGGAGGUACAAUCUUUUAGCGUUUGAUCCUGAUGGACCUGAGGCAAAUGUAACCUGCUCUCAAAACUCAAUGUCAGUGACAAUUAAGAGAUCCUCCAUCAAAAACCUCCAUGGUGACCACUUGAGACUGAUAAAUCCGUCUUGUCGGGUUUACACUAACAGUACCCACCUGUUCACCAACACACUUCUAAAUGACUGUGGCACCCAGAUUGAGGAGAACAAUGAUGAACUCAUCUUCAAGAAUAAAAUCAUUACAGUUGAUGAUCCCAGGGACAUUAUAACCAGAAAGGAUAACCUAGAAAUUGAAAUCCAGUGCAAGUACCAGAAAAGAAGCAAUAUUACUCUGGAGUUCGAUACUCACAGACCACCAAUCAGUAUCUCAGAAAAAGGUUUUGGCACAUUCAACUAUCAGUUUGAGUUUUUUGCUUCAGCAAAUUUCCAGAACAGCAGGCAUCCAGAAUCUUACCCACUUGAGUAUGAUGUGGGCGACAAGAUCUUCAUGAAGAUUGAGCCCGUCACUCCAGUCCUAAACACAGAGAUCUUCCUCGAGUCAUGUAUGGCUAUUCCUUACGAUAAUCCCAAUUACCCAGUCUCCUAUCCCAUCAUCAAGAAUGGAUGCAUUGUGGAUGAAACAGUUAAAUUUUUCUCAAGUCACCAACCAUAUAUCCAGUUUGAAAUGGAGGCUUUCAAAUUUAUUGGGUUCCAUGACCAGGUGUUCAUCAGCUGCUCAAUCAUCAUAUGCCAGGCCAACAAUCCCAACACCCGCUGCGCUCAGGGCUGCAUCAACAGCACAGUCGCUCCACCGGCCCACCACCAACACAAAAGAGAGGCUCCCAUCCAGACCGGCAGUCACUUCAUCUCCCAGGGUCCCCUGCGGCUGAAGAGGAGCGCAUCUCAGGUCGCCGUAAGCCCUGGACUAAAUCUAAACCUUGUUGUCAUCGCUGUUUGUCUUGUGGCAACAGUAGCCAUGGUGUGUGGAGUGAUCGUCAGCAGAGCCAGAGAGAAAAAAAUCAGAUACAAACCUGUGUCAUCACACGACUUUUAGUUAUGUCAGAUCUGUUUUUUUU